AACUUAGGUUAUGUUAUUUUUCUCAUCUCACUGUAAGUCCCGGAAGAUGCAGAGAAUACGAGGAUUAGUUUUAAGGACAGGUUUCCUAAUAUCCUCGCGUUCCUACAGUCAAAACAGCCCGAAUGCAUUGGCAACACUACGACGGAAAACAGGAUAUACAAUUUCCAAUUGCAAAAAGGCAUUAGAUUUGCAUCAAAACAAUCUCGUGGCUGCGGAGAAGUGGCUCAAUGACCAGGCUCAGGCACUAGGAUGGUCAAAGGCAGAAAAGUUGGAGGGGCGUAAGACCCAGCAGGGGCUCAUUGGGGUCCUUGUACGUGAUAAUUGUGGUGUAAUGUUGGAAGUUAAUUGCGAAACAGACUUUGUGGCACGCAAUAAGAAGUUCCAGGAAUUCCUGGGCGCUUCCUCGGCCACGUGUUGGAAGUACAUCCGGGAGAAUGUAAAGAAUGCCACUGAUGUUUCACAGAAGAACCUCUCAUCGGAUGAUCUCAAGGCACUCCUGGCGGCUGAUGGGAAAAUUCUCAGUGAUCACUUGGCUCUUCUCAUUGGGACUGUGGGUGAGAAUGCAGCACUCAGGCGGGGAAUUGGCUUCAAGAGUGAGGACAGUGGUGUCUUUCUCACGGGCUAUGCACAUCCAUCACAAACGGAGGAAGAUGGUUUUUCUUUUGGGAAAUUCGGAGCAGUUGUGGCUUUCCGGCGCUCAGACACUCCGCGGGAUCCGCAGCUGGAGCGUAAAAUAUGCCAACAUAUUGUCGGGAUGAACCCAAAGAGGAUUGGUGAUAAGGCAGUCGAUGAGGCGAAUGAGGAUGCCGACAGUGAGGAUGUUUUAAUUCAUCAGGAAUUCAUUGCAGACGCCACAAAGACCGUUGGGGAGAUUCUGGAGGAAUCCCACCUGGAGGUGGUGAAUUUUACGCGAUUCGAAUGUGGCGAGGGCAGUGAAUGAGCAUUUAGUUGUUCUGUGAGAUAAAUUGUGAAUUUAAUAUCUCUUUCUAGAAUAAAUAGACAUGAAAUCCCGA